AUGUGGGCAUCAGUACGAGCACUAUAUAUGCUUCUAUUACUUAUGAAUCAGACGCGCCACACAAUCAUUUUUGCUACCUCAAGCGCCAAAGGUGCCAAAAGUGUUGUCUUCUCUCUCUCGGGUCGUUUCAAUCCGGUGACUGGCUCUGUCUUAUUUCCGUCUUCUGCAUUGUCGACGACGCAAUUAUCAGCUUCUAAGACAUCGAUGGAGAUUCGAGAGGAAGACUUCUCUUUUCAAGAUGGCGCAAAGGAGCGACCAAGCGUUCAAGUGGUGACAAAAGACGUGAAAACAGCUGAUAUUUUUUCCGUCAUGCAAGUUAUUGGAAGCGAAGAGGAGAUUGCCACUGAGCAUGGAACGUCUUGGUGGAAGGAUGCAGUGACAGAGAAUUUUAACAGGCUGGACGUCAUUGUCCUGGCGCUUAUCGCAAUCUUUAUAUUAAGAGUGGUUGUGUUUGUGCUCCAAAUAACGUGGAAGCUUAUGAUACUUCCAUUCCAAUGGUACAACACGCAGAAAGGGGAGGAAGGGAAUGAAAUGGAUACAAGUCAUGAAGCGAUAGCGAUCCAAUUAAGAAGACAAUUAAAGGUCGUGCGCUUUUGUCACCUGCAAUUUUUACUUGUGAUCGAGAAAUUAAAGCGCGAAAUGAAAGACGAAGCAAGUGAUAAUACACAGCAAAUGGUAGCGGAACUGAUUUUACCUCAUUACACCAAGGGUACUAAGGCGACACUGACGGACAUUUUGGCGACAGUGCAGAGUAUUCAGACCAAGGAUCGCACUUUCGGAGCGUUAGAGAUUGAAAAUCUUUUGAUUGAUAUCAAUCAAGAUGCAACUGAUGAAGAGGAUGUCGAGUUUGGCCUACCGCAAGCUUGGAAGCAAUUAUACGAGACUUAUGCAUCAUUUGUACGCAUCCAGGCAACAAUUCUUCGUCGGCAAAACAGUAAGAAAGGUUGGCAAUUGCAGCAGCAUCAUGAAAAGACCUCUGGAUGGCGCAAGCAUCGACCGUCAAGUAAUGAUGACUUAACGGAUGAAGUUUUACAAGAGCUACAUCAGUUGACAAAAGAGCUGCCACAAGGAUUUACUGCCGAUAUGUUUACGUCGCUGGGCAAUGCAAUGCAUAAAAAAGAGGUAGCAUCUGAGCCUGAGAUCAGUCCUGCGUCUUCUCAAGUGAUUAACGCUGAUCGUUCACGUAUAUCAAUUGUAGCGUCUAUACCAAAAGCUGCUCAGUACAGCGCUACGGCGCAGAAAGCGGCAUAA